GCUGUGAGGUAAACAAACGACGCUGCAUCCCUUGAUGUGUUCACAUAAAUGUUACUCGUGUUCAAGCAUUUUUGUUUGGACAAAUCAUGUAUUUUUAUGUAGAUACAUUUUUUUAGCGUCUUCAUUUUGCUGUUGUCAGUUCUACGAGUAAUUCCGGAAUUUCUCAGCUAAUCCUGCUAACAACAGUUUAGCUUACUGCUAGCUAAUCAACGCAGUUAGCUCGUUCUCUUCAUACAUCCACGAGUUAGCUCAAGACUUAAAGAAAGUGUACACCACACGGCUGAGAUACAUUUGGUCGACGUGCACAUGACUACAACGAUUUAGUUAUAGCUGGCCGUCCCCUGCUGCCCUGUCUCCAAGGAAAUAAAAGACUCCAAACGACAAACUCUGAUGGUGUUGGAGGAUGAUGGAUAACCACAAGAGCCACUUACCCUGUCAGUCGUGGGCGAGCCAGAAUGGCUGGUCUACUACUUCAACUCAAGGACCCCACGUCAACCCUCUCCCCAGCUCUCAGCAUCUCAGCCUGGGCUCGUCUUCUGACCAGAGACCCUCCUACGAACACCUGCAGGAGUCCAAUCAGAGCUGUAUGAGCGACCUCGGCACCUUAUCCUCAAGAAAUACCCCUCAUCACUCUGAUCUGUACAAAGCCUCGCACAUCAGCAUCAAUCCGUCAUCAAAUACGCUGUUUGCCAACGCUGCCAUCCCGGGUUCCUCUCACAUCAUUUCCUUUUCCCAGCAAAGCCCUCACACUUCAUCGUUGCUACUAACUGCAAACCAAGGAAAAAACAUUCCCCCACUAUCUCUUCCCCAAAUAAACCAAUCUCCACAGCCUUGUAGGCCCCAACAUCCACCACUUCUCUCACCGCACAACCUUUACAAAGCCCCAUUUCAACCUCCAUUAACCAAUCAGGGUUUACCAAAUGGACUUCUGCCCAUUAGUACAUCUCAAUCUACUUUUGAAGGAGUGAAUGUGGAGUUUGUUGGUGUCGCUGGAUACACUCACAGCCAUGCCUCAUCCAUGUCUCAGGAGCAGUGGAUACCUUCACCAAACUGCAUGGUCGCCGUAAACGAGUCUGUCCCUGAUGCAGCUGCUCAUCCUAAAAACGCACCAUCGCAAGAGGGGAGCAUUAGUUCACCGGCCAGCAAUGAGAGACAACGUUUGGUGCUUUUACAUCAGCGCGCACAACUACUUCAACAAGUGGCAGAGUUGGAUAAACUUCUGGAAUCCAUACAGCCAGAGGACAGCAGCGGUGGGCCGUCUCCACACACAGCUAUGCAGUCUCCCCCAUCAAUGGAUGAUUCAUCUCAAGGUGAACAAACUGAGACUGCACAGCAGGUUCAGCUGCCUGCAGGAACGUCUAAGUCACAUCUGUCAUCGGAGUGUUCGUCACCUGCAUCCUAUGAUGAACACAGCGAGGCCUGUGAUACACCAGAGGGUCCAAUGUCACCAAAUGUCAAAUUAGAGAAAAUAGAAAAUGCCUCAGCGGAGUCGGAGGAUGAAAGUGACCCUGAUUACUCGCCCAACAGUGAUGGGGACUUCUCUGACUGCCUCUCUCACCCUGACGUGGGCUCUUCAGAUGAAUCCAGUCACAGCAGACCCUCAACCCCCACAAACGAAAAACCUUCUCUGCCAGAAAGAAAAGAAGCUAGAUCAGGAAGUUCUAUGUUCAAGGACAAAACUGUCCCUCCUCCAAAACAGAUUCAUGCAGCUAAUCUGAAAAUUAAUACGGUAGUGUUGCCAUGUUCAAAUUCUAAAGCACGCCGCGUUUAUGACCGGAGGAAUUAUUGUUUAUUUUGCUCUAAGCCAGUAUCCAAAAUGUCACGACACCUUGAGAGGAUCCACAGUGACAAAACAGAAGUGGCAGCUGUAUUCCAGUAUCCCAUCAAAUCCAAAGAAAGAAUGAAAUUAUGGAACAGACUCAUAAAUCAAGGAAACUUUGCUCAUAAUAAAGAUGUCUUGAAAACAGGAAAGGGCCAACUUGCUGUCCGCAAAAGGCCGAGCAAAACUCGUAAAGCCCAAGACUUUCUUCAUUGUCUUCACUGUCGAGGUCUUUUUAUGAAGAAGGCUUUGCACAGACACAUGAAGUUUUGCCCGGAGAAAGUGAAGAAUGAGGACGAGUUCGGAAGAAAGAAUAUCGCAUCUCGGUGUGUCCUUGAAACUUUAGGAGACCUUGGCAUUAGUGACGGUUUCAAGAGCAUUCUGUCCGAGAUGAUAUACGACGAUGUGACGCAAGCCGUCAUGGAAGACGACGUCAUCUUGCAGUUUGGCGAGCUCCUGUUAAGUCAGAACGGAUCUGAUCCGAAGAAGCAUGACUAUAUAAGACAAAACCUCCGUCAGAUAGCAAGACUUGUACUCGAAGCGAAAAAAAUAACCCCUCUGGAGAAACUGGAGGACUUCUUUCUCCCUUCGAGCUUCCCACAUGUGGUGUCUGCAGUGAACGUGCUGGCAGGCUACAAUGCAGAAAACCAAAUGUACAGCAUUCCUUCACUUGCCAUCAAGCUUGGCUACCACCUACAGAAGACCUGUGGUAUCGUCGAGGGCAACGCAGUGAAGUGUGGGGACGCAAGUUUGGCAGAGUCGGCGCGAAACUUCCUCUCUGUGUACCAGAAAAAGUGGAACAAGCUCAUUUCUGCGGGUGCAUUAACAACACUCAGGAAAACAAAACUGAAAACAGCGAAGAAGGUGCCGUUUGCUCAAGAUGUGAAGCGCCUGAAUUUCCACAUGGAGAACGUUCAUCUUCUUACUGAAAAAACCCUCCGAGACAGCCCUUCUCCAGAGAACUAUGCCGCUCUGGCCAAGGUGAUACUCUCUCGGACAAUAUUUUUCAACAGGAGAAAUGUGCGAGAGGUAUCGUCGGUGGAAAUAAGCGAUUUCAUGUCCCGGAAAAAGUCAAAGCUGCAUGAUGGCAUGGACAUAUCCGUCUCAGAUUUUGAAAAGAAAAUGUGCGGGUCCUUCGCUAGAGUUGACAUACGAGGGAAGUGUGGGAGAACGGUCCCCGUUUUACUGAAACCGUCAUUCGAGACGGCUAUGGAGCUUCUCAUAAAGGUGCGCGAGACAUGUGGCGUGCCCAGUAAGAAUCCCUACCUGUUUGGCCGACCACAUGCACUGUCGGCCUACGCUGGGGCAGAGUGCAUCCAGAAAUAUGUCAAAGAGUGUGGCGCUGCAGACCCUGAAACGCUGACAUCCUCAAAAAUCCGGAAGCAUUACGGAACAAUGCUACAGCUGAUCAACCUGGAUGAAAAUGAGGCCGACCAAAUUUUAGGCCCUAAUAAUGAAGUCCGAAGCCUGCGACAGGACAGCAGCAUGCAGCUGGAUGAUGUUGAAAUGGACUCUGGUGAGAGAGGACCACAAGCUGCGUCAUGGGAUCAAAAAGAGUUUUCCGGUGCACGCCAUGGACAAUCGCAUGGAGCACCAACGAGCGCCAACAUGACUGUAACUCCAAAUCCGAUCAAACCGGGCAAAAAAGGCUCAAAUCAGGGCAAACAUAAAUGGGAGGAAGCAGAGGUUCUUGCUGUUGAAAGACACAUGAUGUGUUUAAUUCAAGGACACAAGGUGCCUCAGAAAAACGACUGCAUUCAGUGUCUUGAGGCUGAGCCAGAAGCUCUGAGGACCCGUUCAUGGAAAGGUGUGAAGGACUACGUCAGAAACAGGAUUACUGCCCUAAAAAGGCAAAGUGGAACUUCUGCAUCCACAAACAGUAACAUGUCUGGGCAAAUAGAACCACAGCAGAGUAACGGACAUUUUCAUCAGUUAUAGGAGGGAUAUUUUGUCAAUUGCAAAUCUUCCAUUUGUUCGUCCUUCAGCACCCUCUGUUCCUCUUGUUUAAUUUGUUCAGUCUCCAUAUGCGUGUUAUGUGACAUUGUGAGCGUUUACAUCCAUUAGGAUGGCCAAGAAUACAUUUUAUAUUUCAACAUUUUUAUUUUUUGUGGAUUAUGAUUCUCUUACUUUAUAUGACUACAGAAUGUCACUGUGGUUUUGUUUCAUUUUAUAAAGUUUAUUUGUACAGACGGCUCAUGCGCACUGACGAAAAAUGUGUGUAAUUGGCUAGUUACUAAGCUAACUUUGGUGAGCAAGUUAUCUGGUAUAGUGUAUUUAGUUCUUCUCUUUGGUAUACUAUAUUUUGUUCGACUUUGUAUAACAACUUGCGACCAAUAAACUACAGUGUGAACAAAAA